GAAGUACAUUUGAUUCACGUGUUGAUCAAAGUGUUAGACCAAUUGGUAUUAUAAACACUGAAUUUAUUUGGCCCAGAAUCUUAGAGCACACAAAAUAUCGUUCGAAGCUUUUUUAUGAUGAUAGUAAUUUUGCUUACCACCGAAGAAACAAGGAUUCAGCAGAUGCCAUUAGGCACCUCGAUCGUAAAAAGAAUUUAGUCAAAGUGAUUCGUUUUCUCAAUAACUUACUGUUGUAG